UAGAAGGUGUAAUGAUUGACUUUACAGCUUCCCUCAUAUGAUGCCAGAUGAUUUCAUGUGAUCAUUUCAGAGAUUUGAUGAAGUAAAAAGAUUUAGUCCAGGAUUCGUUUCUCAACCAAUCACUGAGCUGUAUCGGCUGCGCAUGCGCACAGCGCGUAGCGGCUCCCACGUGCCUGCAGCGUCCUUUCCGUCUGCAAACCCCGCCAGUGCACCCAGUAAGCACAGUGAGCCCAGUAAGGAGAAGCCUCGCCACCACUGCUACAGGACUUUCAGCGUCUUCAUCCCGAACCCAAACUCCGAAGCUGCCUCACUCAUGGCUGUAGUCAGGUUCUACAGUAAUGAAGCGGUGAACCAGCGGAUGCAGAGAGCCGCUAAGCUCCACCCGAACCUGUCAAUCACCACGGAGCAGUGCUACAAUGUUGAGCUGUCAGAGCCAAUCAGCACCGAGCAGACGGAGGUUCUGCUCUGGUUGUUCCGCCCCCCUUUUCAGGCCGAACCGCUGUCACUCAAACCCAAGCUCAGGGAGGGAGCCGAGGAGAAGCUAGUGGAGAUCGGACCGAGGUUAAAUUUCUCCACCAGCUGGUCUACAAACACAGUCUCCAUCUGUCAGAGCAUCGGGAUCAAUAUGGUCACCCGAGUGGAGCUGUCAAUCAGGGUUCUGAUCAAGCCAAUGAAUGGACAGACCCUGAAGCAUCUGGAAGAAGAUGUGAGCACCCUGAUUGGUCGUCUCCAUGACAACAUGACUCAAUGCAUCUAUGAACAUCCCAUAACCUCAUUCGCCGUGGCAACGGAGCCACAGCCGGUGUGGGAGGUGGACGUCCUGCAGAGGGGUCGAGCUGCUCUGGAGGAGGUCAACGAGAACCUUGGUCUGGCCUUUGACUCCUGGGAUCUGGAUUUCUACACAUCGAUGUUUCAGAGGAUUAAAAGGAACCCGACUAGUGUGGAAUGUUUCGACCUGGCUCAGUCCAACAGUGAGCACAGCCGGCACUGGUUCUUUCGAGGUCGAAUGCAGAUCAACGGUCUUCAUCAGGAUGAAACUCUCUUCAGUCUCAUCAUGAAAACUCAGAACCAAAGCAACAACAACAACGUCAUCAAGUUCUGUGACAACAGCAGUGGAAUCAGGGGGGUGGAGCUCCAGUGUCUUUACCCCAGGGACCCGUCCUGUUCCAGCUCUUAUGAGACGAGGACGUCUCUGAGACACGUCAUCUUCACAGCGGAGACGCACAACUUCCCGACAGGCGUCGCCCCCUUCAGCGGCGCCACCACGGGGACGGGGGGGCGUAUCAGAGACGUGCAGAGCGCUGGGCGGGGGGGCCACGUCAUCGCCGGCACGGCGGGCUACUGCUUCGGGAACCUGCACAUUCCAGGGUACAGCCUCCCCUGGGAGGGGGAGGGGGAGGGGUGGGAGUACCCCCCCAGCUUCGCCCCCCCGCUGCAGGUGGCCCUGGAAGCCAGCGACGGAGCCUCGGACUAUGGGAACAAGUUUGGAGAACCCGUCCUGUCGGGGUUCGCUCGUUCCUUCGGCAUGCGGCUGAAGGACGGAGAACGUAGAGAGUGGAUCAAACCCAUCAUGUUCAGCGGGGGCCUUGGAUCCAUCGAGGACGCUCACGUCAAGAAGCAAGAGGCAGAAAUGGGAAUGGAGGUGGUGAAGAUCGGUGGUCCCGUGUACAGGAUCGGUGUCGGAGGGGGAGCGGCCUCGUCCGUGCAGGUCCAGGGCGACAACAGCAGCGACAGGGACACGGGGGCCGUGCAGAGAGGAGACCCCGAGAUGGAGCAGAAGAUGAACCGAGCUCUCCGAGCGUGUCUGGAGAGAAGCGGCGGGAACCCGAUCUGCAGCAUCCACGACCAGGGAGCCGGGGGGAACGGCAACGUGCUGAAGGAGCUCAGCGAUCCGGCAGGAGCCCGAAUCUACUGCAGCAGGUUCAAGAAAGGUGACCCCACCCUCAGUGUGCUGGAGCUGUGGGGGGCGGAGUAUCAGGAGAGCAACGCCCUGCUGCUCCGCCCGGCCGACCGGGACUUCCUGGAGACGGUGUGUCGGAGGGAGAAGUGUCCUGUGGACUUUGUGGGAAACAUCACCGGAGACGGCAAGAUUGUGCUGGUGGAUGAGGGGGCGGCGGAGGGAGGACGUGCCCCCGUAGACUUGCAGCUGGACUGGGUCCUGGGGAAGAUGCCCCAGAAAGAGUUUCAGAUGGAGCGCGUGACCUCUGACCUUCUGCCUCUGGCUCUUCCUGGAGGGCUGAAGGUCAGAGAGGCUCUGGACCGAGUUCUGCGUCUACCUGCUGUGGCUUCCAAGCGCUACCUGACCAACAAGGUGGACCGGUCCGUGACAGGGCUGGUUGCUCAGCAACAGUGUGUGGGCCCCCUCCACACCCCCCUGGCGGACGUGGCCGUGGUCGCUCUGUCUCCGUUUGGUCGGCAGGGGGCGGCGACCGCCAUCGGUGAGCAGCCAAUCAAAGGCCUCCUGAAUCCCGCUGCGGGGGCCCGGAUGGCCGUUGGAGAGGCCCUCACCAACCUGGUGUUUGCCAAAGUCACCGCCCUCAAGGACGUGAAGUGCAGUGGUAACUGGAUGUGGGCGGCCAAGCUGCCUGGGGAGGGGGCCGCUCUGUGGGACGCCUGUGGGGCCAUGUGUGAGGUCAUGGGUCAGCUGGGCGUGGCCAUCGAUGGAGGCAAAGACUCUCUGAGCAUGGCGGCUCGUGUGGGGGAGGAGACGGUCAAAGCUCCAGGUGCUCUGGUGAUCUCUGCGUACGCUGUCUGCUCUGACAUCACGGCCACGGUGACCCCUGACCUGGAGGAUCCAGACGGGAAAGGCGCGCUGCUCUGGGUUCCCAUCAGCCUGGGCCUCCAUCGUCUGGGGGGCUCGGCUCUGGCUCAGGUCUUUAGCCAGCUUGGGGACUGUUGUCCCGAUAUGGACCGGCCUGAGGUUCUGGUCUCCUGCUUCAACGUGACCCAGGAGCUGGUUCAGGAUCGCUUGCUGACUGCCGGACAUGACGUCAGCGAUGGAGGCCUCAUUUCCUGUUUGCUGGAGAUGGCGUUCGCAGGGAACCGUGGGAUUGAUGUGGAGCUCCACUCAGACGGAGCUGGAGUCAUGGAGCUGCUGUUCAGCGAGGAGCUCGGUCUGGUCCUGGAGGUUUCUCUACUCCACGUAGAAGCGGUGUGUCGGCGAUACGAAGACGCCGGCGUGCAGUGUCUCCACGUGGGGAGGACUCGUGGCUUUGGACCGGAGUCUGAGGUCAGAGUUCGCGUGGACGACCUCGAGGUUCUGAGGGAAAAGCUGCCGAGCCUCCGAGCAUCAUGGGAGGACACCAGCUUCCAGCUGGAGCGCCUCCAGACCAACGAGAUCUGUGUGAGACAGGAGGAGGGGGGCCUGGCUACCAGGACGCAGCCCUACUUCCACCUGACCUUUGACCCCUGCAAAACACCCAGCCUCAGCCAGCUGAGGCCUCGGGUGGCUGUGGUGAGGGAGGAGGGCAGUAACGGGGACCGCGAGAUGUGUGCGUCUCUCUACAUGGGGGGCUUUGAGGUCUGGGACGUGAACAUGCAGGACCUGUGCUCCGGCUCCACGACGCUGGACUCCUUCAGGGCCGUGGUGUUCGUUGGUGGAUUCAGUUACGCAGACGUCCUGGGAUCAGCUAAAGGCUGGGCUGCUACUAUUGCCUACAACCCAAAGGCCAAGGCGGCGUUUGAUCGGUUCCGUCAGCGAGGCGACACUCUGAGUCUGGGGGUCUGUAACGGCUGCCAGCUGCUGGCCCUGCUCGGCUGGGUGGGGGGGGGCCAGGACCAGGAUGGAGCGGAGUCCGACGUGGUGCUGACUCACAACCAGUCGGGUCGGUUCGAGUCCCGCUUCGUCAGCGUCGGGAUCCAGAAGUCUCCGUCCCUGUGGCUCAGCGGCAUGGAGGGCUCGGCCCUGGGGGUCUGGGUCGCACAUGGAGAAGGUCUGAUGCAGUUCCGUAGCUCUCUAGUUCAGGACCGGAUUGUUUCUGGUGGUCUCGCCCCACUCCGUUACCUUGACGACCAGGGUCUGCCCACCGAGGACUACCCCCUGAACCCCAACGGGUCCCCGCGGGGGGUGGCGGGGCUCUGCUCUGGGGACGGGAGGCAUCUGGCCCUGAUGCCCCACCCCGAGCGCUGCACCCUUGGCUGGCAGUGGCCCUGGGCCCCCCCGGCCCUGCGGCCCUCCCUUACACCGUCUCCAUGGUUACGCAUGUUCCAGAACGCGGCGGCCUGGUGCAGCACUGAAUGAAUGAUGUCAUACUUCACCAAUCUUCACUUUGUCUUUUUUUACAAAAGUCUCAUUAAUAUGCAUUUUACUAAUAAAUACAUCAUUCUACAGUGUGUGUGAUUUAAGUAAAGGAAUAUUCUACAUGUUUCA